AUGGACCUGGGCUAUUUCCCCAUCGUCCUCUCGCCCGGGCUGUGCCACGGGACCCCUCCGUCCCCCUGCUUCCUGCGGGGGCUCGACGCCUUCCCAGUGCUGAGCACAGCGGCCAGCUCCGCGCAUCCUCCGUUGGCUGUUUGCGUCGGGGCGGCGGUGUACGCGGCCGGCCCUGCCUCCGGCUGCCAGCAGCCCCGCGGGGCCACGUGUCCGGGUCCCGCCGAGUCCCUCUGCGCCGGGAGCGGCCGCCCGACGUCGCCGGAGCCCGAAAAGCCACGCUCUUGCUGUCCCACCCCGGGGGCGGCCCCGCCGGAGCCCCGCGCCUUCGAGUGGAUGCGGAUGAAGCGGAGCACGCCCGGCAGAAGCAGCGCGGCGCCCCCAGCCUACUCCCUGCGCACUGGCUUCAGCACUCGGCAGCUCACGGAGCUGGAGAAGGAGUUUCAUUUCAGCCGCUACCUGUCGCGGGCCCGCCGCCUCGAGGUGGCCCGCUCGCUGCACCUCCGCGACGCCCAGGUGAAGGUGUGGUUCCAGAACCGCCGCAUGAAGCAGAAGAAACGCGAGCGAGAGGCGCUGCCCGGCCCCACCGCAGCGCCCCGGGCAGCCCCGAGCGGCACUGCCUGA